AUGUUCUUGAGCAGUUUGAACAACAACGCGAGGACGACGACGACGACGAGCGGUGGUGGUGGUGGUGGUGGAGUCUGGUCUCGCGCUUUUCUCGGGAGCAGUCGUAGGAGCAACGUCUCAGCUGCGCGUCGUCGUUCUUCUUCUUCUCAACGAAAUCAUCAUCACCAACAAAAUCGACGAGUCUUGGUCGUGACGGCGGCGAAGAAAAAGAAGAAAAGUAGUUCCUCAAAGACGACGACGAGCAAUGAUGGCAAAGAGAAAGAAGAAUUGGAUGAUUCGUCGACGGCGGAAGCGUUGCCGAGGAUCGAGGGCGAUCCGACCGUCGAUGUGAGCAGCGAAGAUGUUAUUGGGGAAGACAAAAGAGCUGAUGAUGCUUUCGAGGAAGGAGGGGCUGCUGAUUCUUUGGAGGAAGAAGAAGUCGUCGCGGUUUCGGAGAUACCGAGGCCGAAGAAGAAGAAAGGGACGAAAAAGUCGCAAAUGGUGUCCUCCUCUUCGUUUAAUAUCGCGAGCGCGGACCCGACGUUACUCGGCGCCGGUGUUGGGGCGAUUGGAUUGAUUGCGUAUUUUCUUUGGACGAAGAUGCAAAAGCGAAGGGCGAAGAGUUCGCCGGAGGGGGAGGACGAGGAGGUGUUUGAUAUGGGCGGCAGCGGUGGUAGUGGUAGUGGUGGUAGAGGAAAAGAAAUUGGUGCUGCGCAAACUGCUACUGGUGGUAUCGACAAGGCGUCAGAUUCCGAUUUUUACGCUUCGUUGAACAAAGCGGCGAAAUCGGGCGGGGUUGAAGGUACGGGCGAGAACGCUCCAGUCGGCGCUUCUAACUUGCCGCCUGGAUUGCGCAUGUUUACCACCAUGGAUGGCGAAGAAGGCGAAGAUGGUGGCGGCGCGUCGACGUCGACUUCCUCCGAGAAAACAAAAGAAAAAGAAAAAGUAAAACCGAAACAACCACAAAGAGUACAACCGAUGAGCAGAGAGUUCAAGCGCUUGUGUAGAGAUUGCGUCGACGAAUUGAGACGGUUCCAAACGGUUGAUUUGAAUGGGCGUAAACUCGGCGACGAUGGCGCAAAAAUCAUCGCCGAAGGCAUCGCGUUCAACGAAACCGCGUCGUGCGUUGACUUUGGCGCGAACGGUUUUGGUGAAACCGCCAUGCUUGCCAUUACCGAAGCCAUGUCGCAAAAUAAGAAACUGCGCAUGGUUUCCUUCGCCUCCAAUCCGUUGCUCGAUGUAGGCGUCAUCGCGUUGGCAAACUAUUUGAAAACCGAUACAAAAAUAACGACGUUGAACAUAAACUCGUGUUCGUUUGGCGACGAUGGUGCCAAAGCCUUAGCGGAGGCGUUGAAAUCAAACACCUCGAUCACUUCUUUGGAGAUGAACAACAACGCCAUCGAUUACGAAGGUUCCACCGCCUUGGCGCAAGCUUUAGCACAAAACGACACGUUAGAACACGUCUCUUUACAAGGUAACUACGUCGGUGCCUUAGGCACAGUCGCCUUAGCAAACGCUUUGGUGGACAAUAGCAGCUUAAAAUCGCUCACGUUGAACGGAAACGAUAUUGGAAACGAAGGGUGCGUCAAAUUAUGCGAAGCUUUGUCCAAGCGCAAGACGAAAUUGACCAACUUGGACAUUGGAAACAAUGCCAUCGGUCCAGAUUCUGGCGCUGCGUUGUGCGAUUACCUCAAAGAUGACGACGCGUUGACCCACUUGAAUCUUUACAUGAACGAACUCUCCGACGACGGCGCGGUCAAAAUGUCCCCCGCGUUGAAGGACAACGCGACUUUGAAAAACCUGGACAUUGGCGGGAACAACAUCGGCGCUCUCGGUGCUAUGGCUCUCUCCAAAUCCUUGAAGGAAAACACCGCGUUGACCACUUUAGAGCUCGGUUAUAACCCGAUAGGCAAAGACGGUGGCAUCGCACUCGCUGAAUCCCUCAAAUUCCACGCCAAAAUCGAAACGCUACGCGUCGGGUGGUGUAAAAUUGGCAAAGAAGGCGCCGCCGCCCUCGCCGACACCAUCACCUACAACGAAUCCCUCACCACCCUCGAUUUACGCGGCAACGAACUAGGGGACGACGGCGUCCGCUCGUUGGGCAAGUCAUUAGCCGUAGUCAACGAACAUUUAAGCACGUUAGAUUUAGGCUACAACGAAAUCAAAGACGAAGGCGCGUUCGCCUUGGCCGCGGCGAUUAAAAACAACGCCGAAGGCGCUUUGGAAAACGUUUCCGUCAACAACAACUACAUCACAAAGUUAGGCGAAGUCGCGCUCAUCGAAGCCGCCGAGUUAGUCGCCGAGUUGAACGAAGAUAGAGAAUUGUACGUACAGUUUUAA